AUGCAGCCACCCUACCAUACAUACAUGCAGCCACCAUAUCACCCUUCCUUGAAGCCCUUCUACAAUCUAUCCGUGCAGCCCUCCUACCAUCCAUCCAUGCAGCAACCCUACCAUCUUUCCAUGCAGCCACCAUACAAUCAGUCCGUGCAGCUCUCGUACCAUCCAUCCAUGCAGCCAUCCUACAAACCAUCCAUGCAGCUUUCCUACCAUCCACUCGUGCAACCCUCCUACCCAUCCAAGCAGCCCUACUACCAUCCUUUUGUGCAGCAAUCCUUCCAUCCAUCUAUGCAGCCUCUGUAUCAUCAAUCCAUGAAGCUACCCUACCAUCCAUCCAUGCAGCCCACCAUACCGUUCAUCCAUGCAGCCCUCCUACCAUCCAUCCAUACAGCCACACUACAAUCCAUCUAUGCAGCCCUCCUACCAUCCAUCCAUGCAGCCUCCCUACCAUCCAUCCAUGAAGCCACCCUACCAUCCAUUAAAGUCACCACCCUACCAUCCAUCGUUGCAGCCCUCUUAACAUCCAUCCAUGCAGCCACCCUUUCGUCCAUCCAUGCAGCCCUUCUACCAUCCAUCCAUGCAGCCACCCUUUAA